AAUAAACCAAUCAUUAACUUUCAUGUCUCUUAGUUUUCAAAACUUUCUCUACAAAUUUAGUCUACCUAGCAUUACCCAUUAGUCUAUCCACACUACGUUUACAUUUUAUGAAAGGAAAACUAAUGAAAAGAGCUUGAAAACUUUGAGUUUUAAUCAAAAGGAUAAAAAUGUGUUGUAAAUGAAUAGUACCAGGAGUGAUUUUUUAAAAUAAAAAUAUUAUUUUUGUUAAAAGUGAACAGUCUUCGGAGUGUCGUUAAAACUCGCUUUUAUGAAAUGUUGGACAACAGUGGUUGAUGAAUUGGGCUGUAUGGGUAUGGCCCAAGCCAGUACGGACCCUAUUACUACAUCGGCAAGUAGAUGGAAGAAGUAGGACGGCACGGUGACGGCAACGUGGCAAUCGUUGGUGGUAAGCUCUUGAAACAAAGCCGACGGCCGAUCCUUCUCUCUCAAAAUCCAGAUAAACGGCCUUGAUGAACCAAACCAAUCCGACCCAACCCAACCCAUAUGAUCGAACCAAAAUUUCAAUUUCAAAUUUCAACAGAGAAGUUUAAAAAUUAUAUAAAAAAAAAAUAGGUUUAUUCAGGAUUUAGCAGCUGCGUGAGUUCAAUCGAAAUCGUACUAGUAGUAGCAGGUACUGAAUUGAGAUUGUAAUAAAAUCAAGGAAAUGGUAAUCGGGUCGGAGCCGGGCGGUGGGAGCUCCGAUUCCGCCGGAGGAUGGGGCGUGGCGCGCGGGUUGGUGGUUAAGACGCUGGUGCUGAUAGGCGGAGCUCUACUGCUGAAGCGACUCACCAAGUCCACCACCCGGUGGGACCACGCCCGCCUGGUUACCCGUUCUCUUUCCGGCGAGAAGUUCUCCAAAGACCAAGCGGCCAGAGAUCCUGACCACUACUUCAACAUUAGAAUGGUAACUUGCCCAGCUGCUGAAAUGGUGGAUGGUUCUAAGGUUUUGUACUUUGAACAAGCUUUUUGGAGGACUCCUCAGAAGCCGUUUCGACAAAGAUUUUAUAUGGUGAAGCCUUGCCCGAAAGAGUUGAAAUGUGAUGUUGAGCAGCUAAGCUCAUACGCAAUCAGAGACGUGGAGGAGUACAAGAAUUUCUGUGAUCGCUCAAAGGAUCAGCGACCGCUUCCUGAAGAAGUUAUUGGGGACAUUGCAGAGCAUUUGACAACAAUACAUCUGAAACGUUGUGAGCGUGGGAAACGCUGCUUAUAUGAAGGUUCAACUCCGCCUGACAGCUUUCCAAAUUCAUGGAAUGGAGCAGCGUACUGUACAUCGGAACUUGCAAUUCAUAAAAAUAAUGAGAUACAUGCCUGGGAUCGGGGAUUUGAUGCUGAUGGAAAUCAGGUUUGGGGUCCUAAGGAAGGUCCGUACGAAUUCAAGCCUGUGCCGGCCUCUAGUACCAAUGACAUGUUUUCUUCUUUAAAUUUUCCUAUCCAGCAGUCUAUGGAGAAAAGAAUAGAGGGUUCAUUUGUCUUGCAAGAAUAAUCGUUUAUUACCUAAACGGCUAUAACCAUCCAUGUAAAUGUUCAUAUUUUUUGUAACUCCGCUCUCUUAAUUGGUAUUUCACAUCAGUUACCAUCUCUCA